AUGUCGCUUGUGCGGCUCAAGGCUCAGAAUCAGAUUCUCGCAAACACCGACAUUGACUCGGUGCUCAACACCUUAGACAACUCGUAUCCGGAACCCUCAGAAGAGGGAGACUCGAGUGGCGACGACGACAAUGCCAGGUCAACCCGACUAGGCAGCAUGAUGGGUAGAGCUGGGCGGUUCGUUCCCCUUUCACCCACCCAAACCAACUUCUAUGGCUCUUAUUCCGGAUACUCUUUCGUCUUCAAGACUCUGGAGCUGUUCCGGAGGAUGCCCGGCAGUGCGGCCUUGACGACCGAGACUCAGAAUACCACGACAGCCUUGUUCAACGCACCGGUUCCGGACGCUGAAGCUGGCACCCAGUAUUCUUCGCAGUUUCAGAGUCUUCCGAGUCUAGCUAUCACGCUUGGUCUUCUGGAGAUCGUCUUCACCAGAUGUAAUCCACUGAUUCAAUUCGUCCACGAGGCCGACUUUCGAGACAUGGUCAAUCGUCUAUAUAGCGAAUCUGCGCUUCAAUUUGGUGCAUCAAGCCAUAAUUUCAUGCCCCUGUUCCACGGAGUCCUUGCCAUCGCAUUACUGUUUGAUGUCCGGUCUCGCAAAAAGCACGGGUGCGAAGACAUUGUCAACGAAGCUACGAGGCAUUUCCUUCUAGCUCGGAGGGAGCUUGACGUUGCCCAGUGUGCUGAUCUCAUAUCAAUGCAGACAAUACUCUGUCUCAUCUACUUUCUGGUUACAACAUCUCGUCUGACUUCGGCAUACACAUAUCUUGGCAUUGCUUGUACUUCGGCUUUGAGGCUUGGCCUACACAAAGACAUUGGCAAAGAUAUCACAAUCACUGAAGUCCAACAAGACGCCAGACUCAGAAUUAUGCUUGCCGUCUUGCAAUUCGAUACCUUUGUCAGUAUAGUUUUAGAUUUGCCGACUCGCAUCAAUCCUGAUUGCAUCGACCCGGGUGUCAUGGCCUCACUGAAGAACGAUUUUGCCAAAAAGUCGGCCAGUCCUCCUGUUGAUGUCUCUGAGACGCAUGCGAAGCUUCUGGCUUCAGCAAAGCACUUGGAGUUGUUGAGCCUGACGGCCACAGGCGUGCGAAGCAUAUUUAGUCACGGCGGCCACAAGGGGAAACGCACAAAAGAUCUUGUCUUUGACAACGUUGAUUCUGUCAAUAUGAGAGGCGCAGAGGAUGCAUUCCGGAAAUGGGCGAGAGCGUUGUCUUGCCUGCCUCUUAUUCCCGAAAAGCUUGAAGUCAUGAAAUUUGAACUGGAAAUGGCAUUCUAUUUCGGCCAAUUCGUCCUAUACCAACCGUUUCUGCAUUACCUCAUACAGAUGGCCGACGGCGCACCCAUCACGAGGACUCAAUCGCAGCAUGCACUAGCUUGCAUCAAAAUUGCGGCUACAACAAUCACUCGCGCUGAGGUGAUGCUUCAACGCGGUUUGCUAGCUCCCGCUUCUUGGAGCGUCAUCUACACGCUUUUCCUGGCGGUCAUGUGUCUCCUGUUUCUGAUAGCGACGCACAAUGGCACAUCCCGACCGAGUGAAGCAUGGAAGAAGGGAGAAUUGGGCAUCAGGCUCCUGGCGACGAUGCGUUGUUAUGACAAUGGUGCCGUUAGGUGUUUGGGGAUUAUUAAGAUGGUUAUUAAACAGCUCUCUCACACCGUCCAAUUUGAUGUUGACCGAAUCGUCGCGAGCACCGAAUGCUUGUGCGCUUGCUCGAGGUCCAGUUUGAUACCGACAGAAUCGCUGGAUCGCCGGCCAUCACUGGAGCGUUCAGACAUAAAUGCCGGAGCAAGUGGUUAUGCGACACCGGAAACCCCACAUGAUGCACGGUCAUAUCCAUCGGUUUGGAGCCGACCGGGCAUGGACCAACUUCUGGUCACUAACCAGGACUCACCACGGCAUGAUGCAGAUUUCAUUCUAGCGGAGGCCCAGGCUAUCUCACUGACGUUGCCUAUCGAUAAUCUCGAGCUCUUCGCCUCCGGAGAGGUCUGA